GACGUGGUGGAGAAAGUCUGCGAGAUCCAUUUUCAUGAAAUCAAUAAUAAAAUGGUAGAAUGCAAAAAAGCUCAGCCCAGGGAAGUGAUGUUUCCUCCAGGGACACGAGGUCGGGCGCGGGGCCUGCCGUACACGAUGGACGCCUUCAUGCUGGGCAUGGGCAUGCUGAGUUAUCCUAACAUCGUAGCUACGUAUGGCAGAGGCUACACCGGCUUCGCCCCGAGUUACAGCUACCAGUUCCCUGGCUUCCAAGCUACGGCGUAUGGACCCGUGACGGCGGCGGCGGUCGCAGCAGCUCGAGGCUCAGGAACCAACCCAGCUCGGCCUGGAGCGUUUCCCGGGGCCAACAGUCCCGGUCCCGUAGCGGACCUCUAUGGAACCGCCAGUCAGGACUCUGGUGUGGGCAACUACAUCAGCGCCACCAGCCCCCAGCCAGGCUCUGGCUUCAGCCACAGCAUCGCUGUGAUGUCAUCCAGCAGUAACCACUACAGCAUCCACGCAGUGAGUCCAGGCGGAGGAGGCACCAGAUGAAGAACAGCCAAAAACAACAGUCAGAAACCACAACAGAAACAAGACGAGUCUGCUCUGCUACAAACAUGCUACUGAGACCUCUGACUGUCCCUCUGACUGUCCCUCUGACUGUACCUCUGACUG